AAACCCCCUGAACCUGAAGUUAAGUGCGGCCAGUCUGAGAUAACAGCUUAUAUUCCUAAAUCGUACGUCAACAACAUGUCUGUGAAUAAGCUGCACCUACUCGACCCACGUUGCAAGGGUAAUGAUAACGACACUCAUCUAAUUAUACAGUUUGCGUAUGAUUCAUGUGGGACUUAUAUAAAGAAAAAAUCCUCUGACCUUACUCGCUUUAUCAAUAUCUUAAGAGAUGACCCGGAGCCGUAUAAAACAAGUAGUUUAAUCACUCGUGCACAGAGGCAGGUCAACAUGCGGAUUAUCUGUGACGUCGAAGGUGUCGGAAUUGCCAAUGUGUUUAUAGAUCCCAAUACGUCGGUAGCAUCAAGUACGUUCAAAGGUAAAACUAUAUUAGAAGCCAACCUCGAGCUGUACGAAGACAGGACUUACAGUACGUUGGUUCCAUACGGCACUGCAAAGGAAGUCAUGUUCUCGGAACGGCUGUUCUUCGCUGCUCGAGCACGAGACAGCAGUAAAGAGAUUGCCAUUGAAAGUUGCAGAGCAACGUCAAAGUAUAAGACGUGUUCUAAAUUUGACAAGAAGUAUGAAUUCAUCAGCAACGGUUGUCCAAUAGACGACACCGUACGGCUAACGCCAAAUUCGGUAGGGUCACUUGACCAAAAGCGGUUUUCCAUCAAGACAUUUACGAUGAUCAAUUACGGUGUAGACGAUACAGUAUGGGUAAUGUGUUCAUUCCUAACAUGUGAUCAAUCAAACACCCAGUCAGCGUGUAAUAGCAUAAACUCGCAGGAUUGUGGCUCUCCUACUGUUGGUAAACGGAGGAAAAGAAGUGCUACAGACGUUGUUACCCAAGCCUUCAUGGAAGUACAAAUUUGAAAUGGAGUAAAGUGGCCAAGUAGUUAUGUUGAACACGUCUAAAAGAUGUUGAUCAAUCAAUUUACUGGUUACUCCUUCAAGAAAGUGGUACAAACAACGAUCGUAAAACAGUGCAUUAUAAAAGCAAAAUGUUAAAAAGCGUAGUACAGUAUUUGUAAAACCUUUCUGUUUAGAUGCAGAGGCGCAAUUAUUCAGUAUCCAUGGUCAUCCGAGUGAUUUGCAGCGGACGCACUUUUAUUCAACUCGAUCCGUCUUGGUCUUUCAGUUGGCAAUGGGUGAAAUAAUUGUUUCAUAAUAUAUCUAUAAUUCUCGGAAUUCAGAAAUGAUGGAUUUUCAAGCACAUAGGCCUCUAUUCCCUUUCUGUACUUUAUGUGUUUAAGCAUGCUAGUUAAUGUAGGCUUAUACAUCUACAUUAAGAGUAAAUAAAAUAUAUUGCAAACUGAAAAACUA